UCGACGACACACUCGUUAAUUCCGCGUCGACCAGCGGCGGGCAGUCGGCACUCGGCAGUAGGUUCAGUCGGGUUUGGGUUUUGUGCGGCGCAUUAUCCGUGUGGGUCGUCCGCUGUUCUCUGGUGUGCAUCGUUCGUUUCGCGUAUAAAUACAUGAUAAUAAUAAAAAAAUAUACGCACGCGUAUAUAGAUAUAAUAUUGUUUUGUACGGUCGUGAUGAUAUCAAUCGCGUUGCAUUAUUAACGUCUCGUUUUCUUGGCACAGUCUCACGAAAAAUAUCUUUAUAUUAUUUUUAUUAUAACGAUUAUAAAAAGUUAAUAUACUAUAAUAUUCGCCAGUCGGCGUCGGUGACGGCCGGAGGAGGAGGAGACGAUGACGUGACUCGCCGGAGGACAGUGGUCUGCACUCACAAGGUUGAUAUGGGGUACACCGGCGGUAACGCUACGGCUCAGGGCAAACCCGAGUACGAGGCCCUGGUGGGCCGGCAGGAGGCCGAGAUUCGCAUGCUGGAGGUGAUGCGCCGAUGCGUGACCAGCAAGCUCAAGUGCGACCGUGAGUACGCCGCAUCACUGAGCGCCGUGUGUGCGCUUGGCUUCAAGUGCGGCGGCGGUUCUGGCGCGGGUGGUGGUGCGGUUGACGCAGCGCCCGGCAGCAGUCUUAUGGCCGGCGCCUGGAAGCGGCUGCUGGACGAGCUGGACGCAGCCAGCCGGGCCAUACGGUCCGUGUGCGACCGGAUUGAGAAGAAUACACUUGACCGGAUCGCGGGUAUAUGCGCUGAGAAGCGGAAGGCGAAAAAAGCGUACCAGGACGAGUACAACAGGAUAUCUCUGCAAUACAACAACUUGGUCGACGAGUUGGCAAGAAAAAAAGCAGAUUACACCAAACACCUAGAAACCUAUCGUUCUAUGAGGUCAAGAUUUGAAGAACAUUUUUUCAAAAGUGGCCGAGGAGGGAGAAAAUUGGACGACGUCCGGGAAAAAUACCAAAGGGCCUGUCGGCGAUUGCAUCUUGUACAUAAUGAAUACGUCCUAUUAAUUGCCGAAGCACAAGAAUCGGAAAAAGACUUCCAGACAAUAAUGAUGCCGGCAUUUAUGCAACAUCAUAAACAAGAGCUGGAAAACAUUAUAGCCGAUUGGAAAAAUGCAUUAACCGAAUUGGCAGUACAAUGGAAUCCGGCGUCCGAAGAGUUCGUGCAGAUAGGCUUGCGUAUGGAAUCGUGCACGGAUAUCAUACAACCGUGUGAGGAGUAUAACGACUAUACAAAAAAGACUGAACGAAAUGACGUCGAGAUCUCAUUCGACGACGCUCUAGUGCAAGGCGAUACGUCUGGACAUCUGCAAGCCAACCAGCUGGCAGUCGAUAACCUGACUAUGGACUGGGUGCGCAAUAAAAUGACUGAACUCGAAACCCGGCUGAAAGAAUGCCAAGACGCCAUAGAAACCAGUGUAGAUAACAAGUCGGAAAAUAAUUCCGAAAUACAAUUGAUUGAGCUCAAAAGCGAAGAACAUCGACUACAAAAGCAAGUAGAUGUUAUAAAAAAAGCUCUUUUUGAAAUUGGUUGUGAAGAAUUGCCUUCUGGAUGCGAUCUUCCAUCAUUAGACAUAAACGAUAUUGACAUUACUGUUGACGGUACUCUGAAAAGGCCUUCGUUGAGUAGUGUUAGUCAAGCUUCAUCCAUGAUGACUAUAGCUACUACAUUGGCUACGUCUAGUUUGGUAGACAUCUUACGUAAACCAUUUCGUCGUAAGUCUGUACCAAAUUCAGGGAAUGGUAACCUUUCGAUGGAUUCAAAUUCAGUGCAAAACAAUAACAGUGCCAUUACUACAACUACAGCCAGCUCAGGAGUAGGUCCACAAAACGGUGAUAUUAGUAAUCACUAUCACUCUGACAGUUUAGAUGGAAACGAUGGAUCGGUUAUUGUUGAUAUGCGACCGAUAGUCACGCCUGUGCCAUUUGCUGACAACAAUUCUAACAACUUUUUGCCUAGUGUGAUUGGGUCUUCUGUGAAAUCAUUAAUUGAAGAAGAAUGGUUCCAUGGAGUAUUACCGAGAGAAGAAGUUGUUCGACUUUUAACAAAAGAAGGGGACUUUUUAGUGAGAGAAACUACUAGAAACGAUGAGAAUCAGACAGUGUUAUCCGUAUGUUGGGGUGGCCACAAGCAUUUUAUUGUUCAAACCACUUCCGAGGGCGAGUUUCGUUUUGAAGGACCAUCAUUCCCUACCAUCCAAGAACUAAUUACGUAUCAAUACCAAAGUGCAUUACCGGUCACUAGUCGCUCAGGAGCUAUACUUCGACAGCCAAUCCCUAGAGAACGAUGGGAAUUAAAUAAUGACGAUGUGUUACUGCUUGAAAAAAUAGGCAGAGGUAAUUUUGGCGAUGUUUAUAAAGCAAGAUUGCGGUCUACCAAUAAGGAAGCCGCGGUAAAAACAUGUCGUGUUACCGUGCCCGAUGAGCACAAAAAGAAAUUCCUGCAGGAAGGUCGUAUUUUGAAACAAUAUGACCAUCCUAAUGUUGUUAAACUAAUCGGUAUCUGUGUGCAGAAGCAACCUAUUAUGAUAGUCAUGGAACUAGUCGCAGGAGGGUCUUUGUUAUCGUAUUUAAGAAAUAAUUCUAAGACCUUGUCUGUCCUCCAAUUGGUCUCAAUGUGUCGUGAUGCAGCUGCUGGCAUGAUGUACUUAGAAAGUAAGAACUGCAUUCACCGUGAUCUCGCAGCUCGAAACUGUUUAGUUGAUGAUAAAAAUAUAGUGAAGAUUUCUGAUUUUGGUAUGUCCAGAGAAGAAGAAGAGUAUAUAGUUUCUGACGGUAUGAAACAAAUUCCAAUUAAAUGGACAGCUCCUGAAGCUCUUAAUUUUGGUAAAUAUACUACAUUAUGUGACGUUUGGAGUUAUGGUGUACUGUGUUGGGAGAUAUUUGCCAAAGGCGGAACACCCUACAGUGGUCUCAGCAAUUCAAAGGCUCGGGAAAAAAUUGAUACAGGUUAUAGAAUGCCUGCUCCUGAAGGAACACCCGACGAGAUUUAUCGUCUCAUGUUACAGUGCUGGCAAUAUCAGCCAGAAAACCGUCCACAUUUCGACAGGAUAUACGCAACCGUUGAAUCAUUGGUCAAAUCGUUGAGCCCGGUGCCUCCUAAAAUGCGUAUUGUCGAUGGCGCUAAAUCAAAUGAUAUUGCCAAUGUCGCUCUAUUUAUGUUGCGUAUAUGAUGAAUGUCAUUGGCUUUUUGAUAGGCCGUCAUCCAAGUGGUCUGCGGCGGCCUGUCUUCGGAAAUGGUGAUAUCACUGUGUGUGCUACGGAGUCUUCACAGAAACCCUUCAGCCGGUGAAACUUAUUCUUGUGAUUGUUUUAUUAUUAAGUUUAUUUUUUUUUUUUAUUAUUGUUAAUUGUUUUGUUCAUCAGUUGUAUCGACCUCAAAUUUAGCCGCAUAUACUGUGUAAAAAAAUUGA